CUGAGGUUUAUUUUUACCACUGGAAAUAGAAACCGUAGUGAAUUGAAAAUGCAUUCGACCGCCGGCUGAUACAUUAUCACCUCUUGUGGUGGUCUAAUACUCUGUGAGGCCACAGAGUUUAGGGUGCGUGCAAAACAGAUUGGCAUCAUACAUUGGAGGAAAAUUAGAUAAUAAAAUAAGGUUUAAUAAGGAUAUAAUGGAGUCAACGGUUGCGGGACGGAGGCGUACCGCCACCAGACACUCUGCUGAGGAUCAAGCUCUCGAUCAAAUAGCCAAGGAGGCAGAAGCUAGAUUGGCGGCGAGGAGACAGGCAAGAGCAGAGGCUAGAGAAAUUCGAAUGAGAGAACUCGAGAGACAGCAGAAAGAAGCUGAGGAGAAUGCUGAUAGGGUCUACGACAUGUGCACUUCUGAUGGAAGAACCAUGAGAGUUACACCAGAUCCAAUUAGAACAUCACGUCUCCUUACGAAUUCAAAUAAUUUUCAAUCGAGUCGGAGGUCAUCUGAAGACUCCCUCGAGGAUGCUGGUCUCAACAGGGACAUAAGAUUAGAGCUCAAGGAAUUCGAGGAGAAGUUCAGGAAGGCUAUGAUCGCCAAUGCUCAGCUUGAUAAUGAAAAAUCCUCGUACUCUUAUCAAGUGGAGUUGUUGAAGGAUAAGCUGGAGGAGCUGGAGGAGUCGUCGGCGACUCUGCGACGGGAGCUCAGGGAAAAGAAUAGAGAGUCAGAGCAACUUAAACGAGUUAAUCAACGAUUAAAGGAGGAGCUGGAACUCUGCAGAGCUCAAUUAUUGGAGAGGGAUACACUUAUACAGGAUAAUGGGCUAGUUAUAGUUGAGGAUGAGGGGAGUGAGAGUGAGGAGACAGGUGGAGUGAAUGGAAUAGUUAACAGGAAGCGAGUGCUAGUCAGUACAGAGGCUGCUGAAUUGCUGCAAAAUGCUGGCGAAGGCUCAUUAGACGUUCGAUUGAGGAAGUUUGCCUCGGAGAAAAAGGAAUUGCAGGAUGAGAUAAGGCAUUUAAGAUUAGACUUGGAGGAGGCAAAGAGCCGAAACAGAACCGAAAGAUCAUCUGGAUCAAUAUUGGGCCUAGCUGACUCGGAUGAUGUUCAACGAGAAGCUAAUAAACUACUCGCUGAUUAUAAAUUUAAACUGCAGAAGGCCGAGCAGGACAUGUCGACGCUGCAAGCAACAGUGGCAAGGCUAGAGAGUCAAGUUAUUCGUUAUAAAUCUGCGGCUGAAGCUUCAGAGAAGGCUGAGGACGAGCUCAAAGUUGAAAAGCGUAAAUUACAGCGAGAAGUGAGAGAAUCGCAGGGUCGCGUUGAAGAACUCGAGACAGCAAAUUCUCACCUUCAGCGACGCCUGGAUAAACUGAAAAACGCCAAGUCCGCUCUAUUGAAAGAACUCUGACGUGACAGUUCUGUUGAGAAUACGGGAUAAGACUUUUAGUUUUCAUAUGCCACAACCAACAAUUUCAAUUAAGGUGAUAGAUGAAAAAUAAUAAUGAAAAUGCAAACGAGACAUAAAAAAAAAUUUGAGUUGUACUAACUUGGACCAGAAGAUACCAUUAGAUGUAUUUAUUUGAUUUUUUGUUCAUUUGUAUAUUGAAAUCAUGCUCUGGCAUCGUCCAAACUAAUCAGCAACCACAUUCUUAGGAGUUUUUCAUGCGUUCUAGAGUGGCAUCAGUGCGAUGCUAUUGUUUUUGAGGGGAUUAGAAUUUUUUUAAGACCAACUGAGGCUUUUCAUCGACUGAGGUAAUUUAAAAAUGCCAAUAUAGAAAAUUAAUGACUGAACUUUUGACUAUCAGGUUGUUUAUCUUUUUAUAUAAUUGCACUCAGCAACACAAUCUGAAAUAUCAUCAUUUUAGAAAUUCGUUCGCAUUAUACCCAUUGCCUAAUUUUUUUUUCAAUAAUCUUGAUAUCAAUAGUAGUAGCGCAUAAUUCGUGAUACGCCACAAUGUCCAUAAAAAGAAAUAUUUAUUCUUUACUGAUCGUUCAACAAUUAAAACUCGGUUGAAUGGUACGUACUUAUACAACAGUACAAAUGAUAUUAUAACAUGAUCAGUAUUUUGUACAAGAAGAAAUCAUUUUAAAUGUGCAAUGGAAUUUAAUAUUUAUUAUAAAAUAUGUCAAUUGAGAAAAACAUCAAUAAGCACUGUCAACACAUUUGUCAAAAGCAUAGAAUCAUUUUUUGUACUUUUUUGUUAUUAAAACAACUGUUUAGAUGUGGCAUAAUAAAUUAAGAAUAAUCAAAUCCCAUGCUAGAGAGAAUAAUAAAAUGAUGCUAGAGAUGACAACAAUUGCCAUAACUCAAAUUUAUAAAGGGGGGGAGAGGAAACAAUAAGGUUCACUAUUAACGCAUGCAAUAGUUCUUUUAUUCCACGGUCAUUGGCAAAGAAUCAAUGUGUAUAAUUUAGGUUGAGUAAUUCCUAUUUAUUAUUGAAACAAAAAGGUGGCCCUAAGAGAUACUGGUUUAAUGCUUUUCAUACAAACAAAAAAAUAAAUUGCCUAAUGUAAUGUU